AUCUGAGUUUGGAAAGCAACUCGCAGCUGCAUUUCCAGUGUCCACUCUGUUCAUACUACCAAACCAUGUACUUUGUUUUGAAAUGUGUGGGAAAAGUUAUUUGAAUCAAGCGUAGGUUUAAGAGCAAAGUUGACCCACCCACGAGGAACAAAGCAUAGUUGUUUUCUACGUGCUGCGCGCGCAUCCAAGCGUAGAUCUCGUGACAGCAAAGGCUUUGAUUUUUCCAGACGAUUACAAUGCGUCUAAUUUUUUUACUGGUUGUAUUAAGUGUCUGGAUUUUGUUGCCUAGCAGCCUGAAAAUGUCUCCUGAUUGGUUGAUAGCUUGCACUCUCUCCAGUGCGUUAAGCGUGUGAAAGGUGCACGAGCGAGCGCGCUUCAGAACUGUUCCGAACUCUGAUGAACCCGUGAAACCGUGAGCUGAAUCGGUUCUUCAUUGUCAGCAUUUUGGAACAUUCGGUUUGCAUUAUGUACUUCAGUUUAUCGACAGAGGAGCAGCAUCUUUUGAAGUGGGAACAGAGUAAAGACACAGAUGGAUCCAGCUCACCUAUCACAAGCGCACAAGCUUUCAGUGUAGCCUUAUAGACUGAAGUGCUCACCGUUACCCAGAACACCAUGAUCACAGAUUCAUCAAUUCCGGCAGAGUUCUACGAGGACAACCCAUCGCUGCUGUCCUUGGACUCUAGUGUGUUCUUCAGCGAGCCCGCGUUACCGAGCGACGAUCCGCUGGACUUCUUCAUUAUAAAUGUCGGAGGCAGCCGUUACAUCCUUUCUCAGGAACUGCUGGCCUCUCACCCAGAAACUCGCCUGGGAAAGCUGGCACUCUGUAAUCGAGACUCUGCUUUAGAUCUGUGCGAUGAUGCAGAUUUCUUGGAGAACGAGUUCUUCUUUGACCGCAACUCGCAGACCUUUCAGUACAUCAUGAACUUCUACAAGACUGGUCACUUACAUGUGCGAGAGGAGCUGUGUGUGAUCUCGUUCCUUCAGGAGAUCGAGUACUGGGGCAUCGAUGAGCUCCGCAUAGACAGCUGUUGCAGGGACAAGUACUACCGUAGGAAAGAGAUGAAGGAGUCACUGGAUAUUCGUAAGGAUGCUGAUAUAAUGGACAAUGAGGAGGAGGACUUCACUGGUGCUUUGUGCCACGACUUACGGCAACGUCUAUGGGACCUUAUGGAGAAGCCGGACUCCUCUAAGGCGGCCAAGACGUUUGGGACGCUAUCCAUGUUCUUUGUGAUGGUGUCCAUCAUGAACAUGGCUCUGAUUUCUCUGGACUUCACUAUACUUGGCGCACCCAUCAUCUUGGACACUCUUGAGUACAUUUGUAUCAUUUGGUUCACCGGUGAGCUGGUGCUCAGGUUCAUGUGUGUUAGAGAUAAGUGUAGAUUCAGCAGGAGUGUGGUGAAUAUCAUUGACCUGCUGGCUAUUCUGCCCUUCUAUGUGACUCUGGCUGUGGAGAGCCUGCAUGGAGGAUCUACGGAGCUGGAGAACGUUGGACGUGUAGUUCAGGUGCUGCGGCUAAUGAGGUUUCUCAGGAUGCUUAAACUUGGCCGGCACUCCACAGGUCUCAAGUCUUUGGGAAUUACGAUCGCCCAAUGCUACGAGGAAGUUGGCCUCCUGAUUCUGUUCCUUUCUGUGGGCAUUUCCAUCUUCGCCACAGUGGAGUACGCCAUUGAACAUGACAUGCCAGAGACUACCUUCACAAACGUACCCAGCGCCUGGUGGUGGGCCACCACAUCCAUGACCACCGUAGGGUACGGAGACAUCCGUCCAGACACGGUGCUAGGAAAGGUGAUGGCCUUCAUCUGCAUCCUAUCCGGCAUUCUGAUUCUCGCACUGCCUAUCGCCAUCAUCAACGAUCGGUUCUCUGCCUGCUACUUCACGCUUAAAAUGAAAGAAGCUGCACUGCGACAUGGGGAGGCGCUGAAGCGACUGACGCGCAGCUCGGCCUCGGAUAUGUCGGCGAUAGGAGUUAACCUGCGGGACGCCUACGCCAGAAGCGUGCUGGAGAUGCUGCGGUUGCAGGGGCGAGAGCGAGCCAGCACACGCAGCAGUGCAGGAGAUCUCUGGUGGUAACAGUAGGCCUGCAAGCUACUGGACAGAUAAAGAACAAGUGAGCGAAAGAGGUCUUUUAAGGACCAAAAAUCCUUCACAAGGCCUCAUAUCAUGAGGAACCAAAAUUUGCUUUAUCUUUGUAGAGUUUAUUGCAUUAGGAAAACAUACUGUAACUUGCCUCAAAAUAAUUGAUUUAAACCAUACUGCAAAAACAACUGAACGUUGUCAUGUUUCUGAUGUCACAAACCUAACUUUGCAAUCCUGUAACAAUCUAAUGCAGCUUUGCAAAGUGGCUGAAGUGGUAAAACUAUAUUUGAAAUGAGU